AGCUAGGCUGAGCAGUGCCUACGUCGGCCUUGAGUCCCAGGGGCUGGAGGAGUUACCUUUGGAGCCCGAAAGGAGGAAGGAAGCAAAAUAUCAACACAGCGGAGGCGAGUCGGGUGUUCGGCCCCGGUCCCCCGCCUAGCCCGCCGCCCGCCCGCCCGUCCCCCCCCCCCCCGCGCCCACGACGGGGGUCCAGGCCCCGCGGCGCCGCCCAGAGCCCGCGUGGACACCAGCCUCAUUUGUUAUUCCCCCGCCCGGAGCCGCGGCUUCCCGGUGUUAAAGAUACCCCGGACCAGAAGCGAGAGCUGCCCCUCCUCAGCCGUGACACCCCCCUUCUCCCCAGCGGGACCGGAGGCUGUGCAGAAGGUGUCCUGCAGACCAUGAACUGAGCACUGGUCCCAGACCGUUCAUGAGCACAGUGUGAGGUGUGCCGAGACCUGCCACCCAGCGAUCCCCUCCCCUCCCUGGCACUGAGGAUCCCCGGAGAAGAUGGGGAGGAAAAAGAUUCAGAUCCAGCGAAUCACCGAUGAGCGGAACCGACAGGUGACAUUCACCAAGCGGAAGUUCGGGCUCAUGAAGAAGGCGUACGAGCUAAGUGUGUUAUGCGACUGCGAGAUCGCCCUCAUCAUCUUCAACCACUCCAACAAGCUGUUCCAGUACGCCAGCACGGACAUGGACAAGGUGCUGCUCAAGUACACAGAGUACAACGAGCCGCACGAGAGCCGCACCAAUGCUGACAUCAUCGAGGCGCUGCACAAGAAGCACAGGGAAUGUGAGAGCCCUGAGGUGGACGAGGUGUUUGCCCUGACCCCCCAGACGGAGGAGAAAUAUAAAAAGAUAGACGAGGAGUUUGAUAAAAUGAUGCAGAGUUAUAGACUGGCCUCAGCUGUCCCGGCCCCCAACUUUGCCAUGCCUGUGACCGUGCCCGUGUCCAAUCAGAGCUCACUGCAGUUCAGCAAUCCCAGCAGUUCCCUGGUCACCCCUUCCCUGGUGACAUCAUCCCUCACGGACCCACGGCUCCUGUCCCCCCAGCAGCCAGCACUACAGAGGAACAGUGUGUCUCCUGGUCUGCCCCAGCGCCCGGCCAGUGCAGGGGCCAUGCUGGGGGGCGACCUCAACAGUGCUAAUGGAGCCUGCCCCAGCCCUGUUGGGAACGGCUAUGUCAGUGCUCGGGCUUCCCCUGGCCUCCUCCCUGUGGCCAAUGGCAACAGCUUAAACAAGGUCAUCCCUGCCAAGUCUCCACCCCCACCCACCCACAGCGCCCAGCUCGGAGCCCCCAGCCGCAAGCCUGACCUGAGGGUCAUCACUUCCCAGGGAGGAAAGGGGCUAAUGCAUCACUUGACUGAGGACCAUUUAGAUCUGAACAAUGCCCAGCGCCUUGGGGCCUCCCAGUCUACCCACUCGCUCACCACCCCAGUGGUUUCCGUGGCAACACCGAGUUUACUCAGCCAGGGCCUCCCCUUCUCUUCCAUGCCCACCACCUACAACACAGAUUACCAGCUGACCAGUGCGGAGCUGUCCUCCUUACCAGCCUUCAGCUCACCUGGGGGGCUGUCACUAGGCAAUGUCACCGCCUGGCAGCAGCCACCACAGCCCCAGCAGCCGCCCCAGCCGCAGCCUCAGCCCCAGCCCCAGCCGCAGCCCCAGCAGCAGCCCCAGCAGCAGCAGCAGCAGCAGCAGCAGCAGCAGCAGCAGUCCCACCUGGUCCCUGUGUCUCUCAGCAACCUGAUCCCUGGCAGCCCCCUGCCCCACGUGGGUGCUGCCCUCACGGUCACCACCCACCCCCACAUCAGCAUCAAAUCGGAGCCUGUGUCCCCAAGCCGCGAACGCAGCCCUGCACCUCCCCCUCCCGCCGUGUUCCCGGCCGCCCGCCCUGAGCCUGGCGACGGCCUCAGCAGCCCAGCCGGGGGCUCCUAUGAGACGGGGGACCGGGACGACGGCCGGGGGGACUUCGGGCCCACCCUGGGCCUGCUGCGCCCAGCCCCAGAGCCCGAGGCCGAGGGCUCCGCUGUGAAGAGGAUGCGGCUCGACACCUGGACAUUAAAGUGACGCCCCCCACUCCCCCCCUCUCAGCCACCCUGAUGAAGAGUUGACAAUCUCACCGCCCACCCCCUGUCCUGGGCUCCUCCCGCUUGACCCCCACUUCCUUUCUUGUGCUCCGUGUCCUGUUGACGGUUACCUUUGUGUAUAAUUAUUAUUAUGUUAUUAUUAAUAUUAUUUUUUUUUAAUUUGGGUUCUCACUUUGGAGAGGGGGGUGCUCCCAUCCCCUUUCUGCACCCCCGCCAUUCUCACCGGCCGCGGGAGCUCUCUCCGCGGGAAGGGGAACACUUUGCACGUUGCACACAUAUGCUGCAGGAGGGGCGGGGGGGCUGUUGGGCUUUCGGGGAAGGACAGGUGCCGAGCCCUGCAUGCGGAGCCCUCCCACCCCGCCCCCCAGAUAGUGGGAAAUAACCAAAAAAACUACCAAACAACAAAACCCUUACAACAGACUGAACCCCAAAGCUGGUGUGAUGGUGGGUUUGUGUGUCAGGGGAAAGCGAGGAGGAGGCUCUGUAAAGGGUGUCUGCCUCCGGGCUGUCCCUGCGGCAGGAUGCCCAGGCCCGGCCCCACAAGCCCCUGCACACACACGGCACUUGCUCACUGGUUCUGUGUGAGCUGCACCUCCCGGGUGUGGGGGUGCUGGCUGAGCUUUGGGGCCGGGAAGGCUGCCUAGGGAUCUGAGGCUGCAGGGAGGCUUGGAGGGAGCGCCCCUCUGAAGCACAUUUGGAGAGAAAGAGCCAUGAGGAGAGAGAAGGCUGAGGAGGGACAGGGCUGGGACAAGGGGUGAGCAUCCCUUCCCUCUCCCAGCGCUUUCUCUGAGACACAGUGCAAUAGCUACCCAGCCCUCGGUGGACACCAGCGCAGUAAAGCUGGCCACAGCGUGCAGGGAGAACUGGGGAGAGGAACUUGAGUGAGGUGACGAGGUGAGGAGGUGACUCACUGGGAGCGGGUCUGGUCACUUUGGGAUGCCUGAGGACGGGACCCUUGCAUCCUGGGGGCGAGUGUGAGUGAGGGGACUUGAACUUCCUUGCACGUACAUAUUCCCAGAGGAGUGGACGUAGGGAUGGGUGAGAGGAUGGGAAAGGAGACCGGAGGUCUGCAGAGGUCUGCCUCCCUUCUUUUCUCCUUGGCCCUUCUCCCCGCCCUCUUCCUAGCUCCUGCUCCUGCCCCCGAUCGGCUCCGGACCCCACCUCCCUGUUCUCGGCGCCCUCAUUGUCUGGCUACCUCCUGUCCCACCACCCCAAGGCCGAAUCCCACCUUCCCUCUUGGCUACUGUAAUUGUAAAUAGCAACCUUUGGAAAAGUUAGCAGUGUAACAGUCCAGGAAACUGUUGUUUUUUUUUUGUUGUUGUUGUAUUGAUAUGAAAUGAGAUUCUAUUUUUGUCAAAGUAUAUUGUAAUAAUAAUGACUCAAACGCCCGUACUGUA